AUGGCCUCUCUCCUGCACUCCCAGUCCCCCUACCUUUGGCACGCCUCCGGUAUCAUGUCGCUCUUCCCGCUCAGUCUCGGCUUCAUCGGCGUCAUCAAUCCUGCGUCUGGCUUCGCGCUUUUUGGCUUUGGCAAGCCAACCUCGCCUGAAGCGCGGAAACUCGGUACCAACUUGCUGCUCUUUUGGGUUUCGCGAGACCUGUAUAUGGCGGCAUCAUGCAUGGCUGCGUAUGCGGGUGGGAGUCGAAUUACGAUGGGGUACAUCUACCUAGCGGGAGCGGGCGUUGCGGUGUGCGAUGGCAUCAUGAGUCAAAAACAGAUUGGGAAGGAUUCGUGGAAGCAUACGAUGUGGGUUCCGGUGGUGCUAACAAUGGCGGGAGGGUUGUUGGGUUGGUGGGAUCAGUGGCUGUGA